AUGGGGACAGUAGAGAAAGCUUUGACUGAGAAACUGUCAGAUUUGAAAUCUCUUCUCACGCUCGAGAGGGUAAGCAAGCAAAUGCGCAUCCGAGUGAAUGAUGUUCUGGUGUGGAGGAAGUUAGGGGUUGAACGCCCUCUAAACAGGGCCCUGACAGAUGACAUUCUUAUGACCCUUGUCAAGAGGGCAGGUGGAUUACUGAAGAGUAUGAGACUGAUCACAUGUUUAAGGAUCACUGAUGAAGGAUUGUCCAAUGCGCUAUCACUCUGUCCCCAGCUUGAGAAGCUGGAGGUCCCAGGAUGUAUACAGCUCAAUAUUGAUGCCCUUGUGCUUACGGUGGAGCAGCACUGUGCAAUGAGUCGUUCGAAAGGGAUGAGCGGUAUCAAACAGUUGCAAAUCCUUGGAAAAUUUAAAAUCCAGGAGCAGAACGAGUUUACUCAGAGAGAUAUGAUUUUGAGAGGAAACGUUCACCAUUUAACGACCACUUGGACUGUUUACCAAUCACCAAAAACUUGGCCUGUUUACUUGUCCUCAAGUACCAUUGAUGACGAUCGAGCUAUGGAUGUUGAGAUUUGUCACUUGUGCAAAUCUGAUUAUGCGACGGUUGUGUUCGACUGUACGAGGAAAAGUUGUGAGAAUGCAGCAAGGAUUGACACCAUCAAAGCUUGCGAGGGGUGUUUCAUUUGUUUGCCGAGUUGUAGUGGGUGCGGUACUUGCUUGCCUCUGGAUGACGAACAGUUUGAGAGGGCCUGCUGCCAGCGGUAUCUUUGUUUCAGCUGCUGGGCGCAGUCGCCCAAGUACGCAAAGUGUAACACCGUCAUUUGCCGGAAGCACAAGAGGGAUUUCAUGGAGAGUACCACUUUUAGCGCCUUGUCGAGCGUAUGUGAGAAGUGCGCAAAAGGUUGGGAAAAAGCUUAUGAUUUCAUCGAAUUAGAAGAUCUUUGUUUUGCUUUAUUUUCGGAUCCUUUGGGACCUUUUGACUUUAUUGCGGAUUUAGCAUAG